AUGCAAUUAAAAAUAAAGCUAUUGCUGACAUAAUUGAUGUUAUAAAAUUUAAUAAGUUUGAUUUAAUCUGGAAAUCAAGAGAGUAAGGAUAUAAUGAUUGUGAUUAAAAAUGCAAUUGGACUAUUAUUGAAUUUAGUAAUUUUUUGUCUAACUUAUUCAAAAUAGAGAGAGUACAUUAUUAAUUCAAUCGUACAAUUCCAAAUAAUUUUUUCAUUGGAAAUAAUAUUUAACAAUAUUCAUAACAUAAACAAUUAUUUCCUACUAAUCUAUUUACUGUAAAUUGAGGAUAUUUUGAAAAAUAGCAUUAAAUGUUAUUAAAUUUUGACUCAUCUACUCUGUUUAUACAUAUCUAUAAGGAUGAUGAUCUAAUUUUACUAUCAAUUUGCUACAUUUGAAUUUAUUUAGUUAGUUCUCUGGUAACCUCUCAACCAUGUUCUUAUACAUUUAGACAAAUUACCAAAGGUAUAAAGUCCUAUCAGUCCUAAUAAUUCUUUAUAAAAGCAAUCUAAUCCUCAUGCUCACUUAAGUUAUGUUGAUCAUUAAUAAUAAUAGAAUUUAUUAGAUGAAAAAUCACCACAUCCAGAAAAAGAAUUAAAUGUUGCUUUGGAUGAAGAUCUUCUUAAUUGUCUACCAUAUGGAUUAGCAUUAAUAGAUAAAAAUUAUCAUGUACAUCAUCAUAAUGAAAAACUAUUAAAUUAUUUAAUGGUUUAAUAAACAGAAUAGAUUGUUAAUUCUUUAGAUUAAUUAUUAUCUAAGUAAAUCUUCUUUUUUAAUUUUUAUAGUGCUGAAUUAAACUCUUUUAAAACUCAUUUCAAUACCAAAUAUAAAUCUCCUAUAGUUCCUAUUCGUAAACUCAAACAAAGUUCUGCUAACCAUUAUUAAGUUGGUUCUGGAAAAACCUUAAAUUAAACUAAUUGGCUUUCUGAUCGUUUAAAAGUAAAUUUAAAGAAUAAAGAAUCAUUCUAAUCUAGUAUUCAAAAUGAAAUGACAUAUUCAUAUGUACAAUUUGUUAUGAAUGAAUUUUAAUCUAAUAUUCAUCGAUAAAUGAGUAAUGGAUAAGAUAGUCAAUCCAAAGAGUCUGAAACUACACAUAUGUUUUAAUUUCAUGUAGUUUAGGAUCUAAAAACUAAAAAGAAACAUUAUUAAAUAAAAGUCUAUGAAGUUAAGUUAUAGGCUAAACCUAAAGAUCCAGUAUAUUUAUUUGUAAUAGAAAAUAUAACAAAUAAAGAAGAACUUAAAGAACUAACUUUUAGAUUCAAAUUUCAAUAAGCUUUAUUAAAUUCAUUUAGUCAUGAAUUAAGAACACCAUUAAAUUGCUCUUUACCUUUAUUGUAAGUUUUAAGUUAAAAAAUUGAAGAAAAUCUUUAUGCUUCAUUUUUAUUGCCUGCAAUCACAUCAAGUAAAAGAUUAUUAUUGUAAAUAAAUGACAUAUUAGAUUAUGCUUAGAUAGAAUGUUAAGAUUUUAAACUCAAUUAAGAUAAAUUUUAUGUUAAAGAAUUAUUUAAUGAUUUAUAGGAAUUAUUUUAAUCAGAAUGUUAAUAAAAGUAAAUUGAAUUGAUCUUAAAUUUUAAUAGUUAAUUAUAAAUUUACAGUGAUAAAAUAAGAAUUACUUAAAUCUUAGUCAACUUAAUGAAUAAUUCAGUUAAAUUUACAAAAUAAGGUGGUAGAAUAGUUCUUUCAGUCAAAAAAAGAGAUAAUUAAUAUUUGUUUUCAGUAUGGGAUAAUGGAGAGGGAAUUAGUAGUGAUUAAAUGUUAGAAAUGUAAAAUUAGAAUCAUAUACAAUAAUAAUAAAAUGUUUCGAAUAAAUUAGGAUUAGGUCUAAGAGUUUCUAAAGGAAUAGUAAAAUAUUUAAGUGGAGAUGGAGAAUUACAAAUUAAAAGUGAAAAAGGAUUUUAUACUGUUGUGAGUUUUUAUAUAAAUGAACAAACAAAGAUAGGGAUAUAAGAAGUUGGUUCUUCUUUAAAAGAUAUAGAGGAAAUUGGUUCUAAUACUAAAGAUUCAAUUUAAAGAGUUUAUGUUUCUUCAAAAACAUUUUUAAAUUAAUAAUGCAAAUGUUCAUAAAUAUUGAUAGUUGAUGAUGUACCAUUUAAUCAUAUAGCAUUACUUGCAUUAUUAUCAGCUUAUGGAUGGAAGGCAGAAAGUUCAUAUGAUGGGGAUUCUGCAAUUCGAAAAGUUAAAUAAAAAUUACACAGUACUUGUUGUAAAAUCUUUAGAUUGAUUUUUAUGGAUAUUGAAAUGCCAGGGAAAAAUGGAUUUAUUGUUAGUAGUGGAGUAUUCAUACAUAAAUUAAUUAGAGAUCUCAGAAAUUCUUCAUAAAGAAAAAUAAAGUACAAUUAUAGUAAUGUGUUCAGCUUACAAUGGAUAAGAGAAUAUCUAAAAGGCUCAUGAAAGUGGAAUGCAUGAAAUCUUAUCUAAACCAAUUUCAUUAGAUGCUUUGUAAACUUUAUUAGGAAAAUACUUUUAUUGA